CCACCGGAGUGAAGCUCACUCACUGGCCUCAUCUUCUCAUACCACUCUCGACGCUCGUCCUCGUCGAGCAAUUCAUCAGCUGGCCGAGCUCAAUCGCGGCCGAAUCCGAGCUUAUCGUGGUCGAAUUCUCUGCCUUCUCUUCCGUUUGUGAGUCGUCGACUCGAGCGAAUUGGAGCCUCAUGGCCGUGUCAUUUGCAGCUCUGCAGGUAAUGAGCCAGCUAUGGAGCUCACCUGCGGCGUCUGUAGCAAGCUCAGUGCAUCACGGCAGCUUCAAUGGCAUGACGGCUCCGGCUCUUUGCUCACGAAUCUCAUUACCUCGCUCAAGCUCCUCAGCCGAUAAUGGGAGGGGGAGAAUGUCGGUACGUGUGGGAGUUCAAGGUGGAGGCGGUGGACCUGGAUCGUUCCUCACCAUGGAAGAAGCUGGGCUCGUCGAAAUGGCAAACAUCGACAUGCACGAGAAAUUCUUGUGUCGUCUCACAAUAUCAUCUUUGAAUUUGCUCAGGGUUAUAGCGGAGCAAGAAGGUGUGACCAUUGAAGAGCUGAACGCUGGCUCGAUAUGCGAUUGGUUCCAGAAAGACAAAAUCAAGCGAGAAACGGACAUCAACUCCGCUGUCUUAAAAUGGGAGAGCAACGACUGGUGAAAAAUGGCAACAAAUCCCUAAACAAAGCUCAUCCUCCUUGUGAUUGUUGCGCUCCGGAUCCCACAACAUGUACGUGAUUUCCAUGCCAUUCAGUGCUUCUCACCAAACCCUUUCCCAGCUCUUCCAUGUAGGACAUAGUCUGGUGAGCGUUGCUUUGGCAAAUAUCAAUUUUUCACUGAAUUGUGUUGGAUUUGUGGAUGCUGUGAGAGAGCAAGAGUUUUCACUACUGCUCACUAAUUUAGCUUCAAAAUCCAUUUUUUUCAUAUCCUUGUGAAGCCGAUAAUUUGCAGCGAAACCUCUUUGGCCUUUGCAUUCUACCCCACAAAAAAAUUAGAACAACAAAACUUGUGGCUCGAAGUCACCUGAGUCGUAUGCUUAUACACUAAUCCUGCUUUUUUGCACUCUUUACAAUUGGCAUUAAUGUAGAAAAAUGUAUUGAGAAAUGGUAGAGUAAAGGGGUUUAGGCUCUCUUUCUUAGGCUAAUUGUCUUUCAUUGCCACAUGUAUUGCAAUACAUUCCCUUGCCUGCCUUGA